AUGGAAGACAUGGAUCAGUUGCUCACAUUUGUUCUCCCAGACAGCUUAUGCCCCGGUAAUGAUCAGCUCAGCAAGGCUAUUCUCAAAGACCAAAUGACGAUCGACCUUAUCACGAAGAGCCUCUUGGACACUCCUGCCAACACCUAUACCACGGACGACACAGAAUGGCCUGAUCGAACACGGUGCGACGUACUUUAUGUACCAAAACUCGCGGUUCAGUCGUCGCUGCCACCGGUAUUGAUCGAAGUCCAGCAAAUCGUCAACAAUGAUUUUUUGCGACGUGCUUUUCGAUAUGCUAUGAACAUCAUUGACAAGUAUGAUAUGCGACCUGUGCUUCUGAUCUUCUGUGUCCAAGGCAUUCAACCUGCCUCCCUUCGUGAAAAGUUAAUCAAGCAUCCGGCAAAACCUUGGUCUUUGAAAUACCCUGAUCACCAGCUCUGGACGAAAGACUGCCUCUUCUUCUCCGCCAAGCAGCCAGCUCUUGCCAAUCAUGAGCACAGCGACGAUAACACAGUGCAGAAGAUGUACGCCCUUGCCAAGUCAUUUUCCACGCGUCAUGGAGAGUACCAGCAGAACUUUUAUACCACUAUGGAGUCCUUUUGCACGACUAGCGAAAAGCUCUGGGAGAGUAUGCCUCCCCCUUUGCCACCGAAGCUUCGGAUCACUGACAAGGCCAAAACCAAGACUGAUGACACUGAGGAGGGUGAACUUGCCUUCGCUAUUUCAUACCAGCAGUCAUACCAGAAAACACACGGGUCCAAGAAGAGCUGGCAGGCAAGUACAAAAAUAAAACGUAAUGUGUGCAUGUACCGGUACGAGUUGACCUGGGUCGUCACCUUCAUGGUCUAG